AGAGAGAGAGAGAGAGAGAGAGAUUGCUGCUAACUGUGAAACAACACUUUUUAUGCGAUGUAGAAGAGGAGCUCAUCCCUCAGUAAUGGGACAAACUCAAAGAGUAGCACAAAUUAGCAGCCGUUUCCAAUGGACAGCUGUGUUGUGAACGAGUAAUAGCUUCGUAAGGAAACCGGAGCUCAAGUCUUGCGCCGAGCCGCCGUCCCGUCGUCGAGAUAAGCUGUGUGUUCUUCCAUGCAGAGCCCUGGCAGCACCAGCUGCAUGCAGCACAGCAGCAGUGACACCAAGAUGGCCGCUGAUGCACUGGUGCAGCCCUGCCAAAUGGACCGCAGUGGCAGCUUCUUUAAGCUAAUAGACACAUUCUCCACUGAGAUCUCAGAACUAAAGCAGGAGAUGGUUCAAACAGCCAGAGAGCCUGACACGAAGCUCCUACAAGGGCUGGAGGGUGAGGUGAGUGGCCUGUUCCUGCAGUCUUCCGUCUGCACUGGUGCUGUAGGGGUUCGCGACUCCGGCUAUGACUCUUUGCGCCGGCGCAUGAGUGUGCUGGAUAGACUGACACACACUCAUUCUGUCUGGCUGCUGCUGUCGCUAAGCGAUGAAGACGCCAAGUGCAUUCUACAGCCGCAACCACCAGGGACUUUUCUGGUGCGAAGGUCAUCUAAGCUACAGAAGAAGGUUAUUUCCCUGCGUAUGGAUGACAGCACCCCAGUGACCAUGCGGGACUUCCCAGUCAAAGAGAGUCAAUACACCUUCUCCCUGGAGGGCUCAGGGAUCAGCUUUGCGGACCUCUUUCGCCUUGUGGCCUUCUGUUGCAUCAGCAGGGAUGUUCUUCCUUUCACAUUGAAGCUUCCUGAGGCAAUCUCUGUUGCAAAGACCCCCUCUGAUUUAGAGGAAGUGGCCAAGUUAGGUAUAGGCUUCUGGGAAUCAGAUUUGUGCCACAAGAGGAGGAGCUCUGUGUCUGCUAGAACUGCUCAAGACAAUACACAACAGAAACUGAAGCAAAAAUCACAGGAGACGUCCCCCAAAGAGGAGGUACACCCCAUCUUGUGCACUCGCAGUCCGUCCCAGCUGGAGUUCAGCCAGUCUAACGGGGCUCUGUGCUUCAUUAACCCACUCUUUUUACAGACGCACCGCUCUGACACAGCUCAAACAUCAGUGACCCCUGACGAUAAGACCCCUCUUCCCGACAGCAUCAGCCCCUUUCCACAGGGCACAAGCAGCACAAGCCCUCAAAACAGCGGAAGCAUCCUUCGCCGCAACAGUAACACGAAGUAUACGACCAACAGCAGAGCAAAAAGCGCGUCCCGUUCCCCUCCACCUCGUCCCCCUCCGCCCCGCACAGUCCCGCACAGGCCAGUGCCCCCACGCAAGCAGAACAGCAUGCCCAGUGCGGUCGUGAGCUGGAUCAAAACACCCCAAGAGAAGAGUGGCCUGCUGGGACGCCUCGGCUCCUCCUUCAGUUCUUUUUCACCGCCAUCCUCCCCACCAAAAAAGAUCAGCUCACCCAUCCCCACUCCUUCAUCCCACCCAAAGAGAACCCCAAGCCAGCCUGAUGCUGAGGUCCACCGCUGCCACCUGGCACUAGAGGACCAGACCAUCGAGGAAGCUGUAUCGUUCAGCCUGGCCAAACUGUCCCUGAGGAACACGGCAUUAGAGGACGGCAGUGGCAGCCCCGCGGGACGGGAGCGCCUCAGUGACAUCAGCAUUUCCUCUACCUCCUCUGACUCCCUGGACUUCAACCACAGCUUCUUGCUCCCAGCAGCUGGCACAAGUCCAUCCAGAACCGGUCGGGCAGUAGGGGACAGCAGCCCGGAGGAGGAAGAGGAAGAGGACGAAGACUACGGUGUAAGUGUGGAGAGUGACCAGGAGAGCAUGGAGCCACCAUUUAAGUCCAAGAAGCGGCACAGCACAGGCGCCUUCGUACUGCGGAGGGCGCUAAAAGGUCACCUGCGCAAAGUCAGUGGCGUCUUCAAUUCACUCAUGACCCCUGAGAAGAGGGCUAUCCGGAGGAUCUCGGAGCAGUCACGGGACAAAAACACAUACUUUGGCUGCCUGGUGCAGGACUAUGUGAGCUUCCUGCAGGAGAACCGCGGCUGCCACACCUCGGGCCUGGACCUACUGCAGACUCUCAGGCAGUUCAUGACGCAGAUGAAGUCCUACCUGCUGCAAAGCUCAGAGCUCGACCCCCCCAUAGAGUCCCUCAUCCCUGAGGACCAAAUCGAUCAGGUACUGGAGAAAGCCAUGCAUAAGUGUAUACUGAAGCCUCUGAAGCCUGUGGUGGAAGCAGCUCUGCAUGACUUCCAGGUGCGCAGCGGUACUUGGCAGCAGCUGAAGGAGAACCUGGCACUGGCUAAAACCAAGCAGCCAGCGGAGAUGGGUGUGGACGGAGCCAUGCCUCCAGACCCUGUGGCCAUAGAGAAGAUCCGCCACAAGUUCCACAACAUGAGCAAGAUGUACUCACCUGAGAAGAAAGUUUCACUCCUACUGCGCGUCUGCAAGCUCAUUUACACCAUCAUGGAAGACAAUUCAGGGAGAAUGUAUGGGGCAGAUGACUUCUUACCCAUGCUGACCUACGUGUUGGCCCAGUGUGACAUGCCUCAGCUGGACACAGAGAUUCAGUACAUGAUGGAGUUACUAGACCCCUCACUGCUGCAUGGAGAAGGUGGAUACUACUUGACCAGUGCAUAUGGAGCCAUGUCUCUCAUUAAGAACUUCCAGGAGGAGCAGGCUGCACGGGUGCUGAGCUCAGAAACCCGUAACACACUUCACCAGUGGCACCGCAGACGCACAGCCCAGCGCACCGUGCCAUCUGUGGAUGACUUCCAGAACUACCUAAGAGUGGCACUGCAGGAACCUGGCAGCGGCUGCACAGCCAAAACCCUCCAGGUGCGGCCGUACGCAACCACAGAGGAGGUGUGUCACAUAUGUGCUGAAAAGUUUAAAGUCUCUGACCCGGACAGCCAUGCCCUGUUCCUGCUGACGGAGGAGACUACGCAGCAGCUGGCCCCAGACACACAUCCACAGAAGAUCAAAGCAGAGUUGCACAGUCGCCCCCAGGUGCAGCCUUUUUACUUCGUCUAUCGUCGAAUCCAAAACCUCAACCUGACUGUCCCCACAGAUCAACUCAAUGGCAACUCGGUGCCUAAGUGUGCCUGAAGCCUCUGGAGCCUUCAGGUCAUCCUCUGCCCCUCCUUCUCUAUUACUGCCUGUGCUGUUUUUUGAAACGUUUGUGUCUGAAGGAAACGGAAAAUGUUGCUGGGCUGGGAAGAAAGAGGGAAGGAAGGAUGUGUCUGACAGAUGUAGCAUUUUCUUCUCUGCUUUAUCUUGGCUAUUUCUAUUUUUUUAGGAAGUGGCACGAGACCAUGACAUGUGAGGGUAGCCAUGUUUGUGUACGUUACAUUAAAGUCUUUGAGAAGUUUACUGGUGAGGUACGGUGUGUUCAUGGUCAUUUCAGGCCUGUGUAAUAUCUUCUUGUCAGGAUGUUGUUUUUUUCUGGGCAUUGCACUUUCUAUACUGCAACAUGCUUGUCUCACACUCAGUAUUGCCUUUCUGAGAAAUAAUACUGUGCUUCAUACGACUGCUCUGACAUAAAGAGCAAGACAUACUGUGCAUGUGUAAUGGCUUAGAUUGGCUUGAGGAUGCCGUUUACCUCACCAUCUGGGCACGUUCACUAAUGUAAGCAGCUCCUUUUCCAUGGAUGUACAUGGACAGAUUUCCAGAUCAAAACUCCAACUUAAUGUUUUUAUAUAGUGAAAAUGUAUUUCAUAACAUUGUUUUUCUUCAUGCAGUUGCUGGUAAACUGCUUUCUUUUAUGUGUAUAUAUAUAUAUAUAAAGUUAGUAUAAUAUUGCAUGUUUCUAUUUGUUGGUGAGAAAAGAUCAAUUAAAAACCAGGUAUUGUUGCCAGUGAUAUUUCAUCCUCUUUUUUUUUUUUUAUAAAUGAAAUCAGUCAGCUCUGGUAGUCGAUCAUUAGUACACAAAUCAUUGUUUAUGCUCCUCUCCCUGUUUAUUUAUAAUAUGUAUUAGGAUAAAGAGAGAAUAAAAUCAUGAGACCAAGUUCUACAAAAUACUGUACUACUGACAAGCUAAAGGCUUGUGUGUGAAUAUAUCUCAUCUGCAUCUCUGUUAUUUGUCUUCUAUGGCAAGUUUCUGUAAGUGUGCAAUGAGAUAAGCGAAGGUUUUCUGCAAGUAGGUAGGUUUACAAGAGUAGGGUAUACUGUGUAAAGAGGAGGAGAUGGAAAAGAUGAGGUGGAGAGAAGAAAAAGUGAAAUUGCAUCGCUAUAAGAGGAACAUCAUGAGUCUUUUUCUCACUGUAAAGUAUGAUCAGGGAAUGAUAGGCUUAAUGGAGUCUUUUUUGUUUUUCAUAACUGCAUGCAUACCUACAAAUAUUAAGAGUUACCAAGUGUGAAAUUGUCUACUAAAGUCCUGUGGGUUUGUUUUGAUGAUGAGAGUUGGGUGGGUUUUCUAUCAAGUGAUUGGAUCAGUGAAAUGCUCUAACCCCUAGUAUUGAUAGAAAUACUUGUCAUGUCCAGAAACAUACCUUAGCAGUGAUGUUUAAAAUGUGUCCUUUUUUAGGUAUGUAAUGUCAAUGUCAUUUUAACAAGAUAUUUUAAUUAUGUUAAGUAUGUAUUUAUACGUGAUCUGUGCAGGGAUUUUCACAGAUUUUCUGGAAAAAAGAAAAACCUCAAUUGUAUUGAAGUGUAUUCUUUUGCAAAUCCUCCACUAUCAGCACUCCAUUAAGAGUCAGCUUGUCAUGUGGCAUUUAUUCUUGAACAAUACUCUUUUGCACACAAUAAAUCAAGAACAUGUAUUUUG